AGUGAAAGUAAACUCUCUUGAUGCGUCUCAAACGCCAACUCAAGGAGAUGUUGUAUUGCGCGGAAGCCUUUAUUUCGUAGCCUAAGUAGUGCACUUUAAUAGGGAGUCAGGCAGGGAUUUGGGAGUGACUCCGAGGUUAAGUAUUUCUUGUACUGACCAGGGAGAGAAGCUGUGUCGUCGAAAUGUCGGUAAAACAGCCGAAGCAGACUAUACUCAACCCGCCCAUCCCCAUAGCAGUAACCAUCCUGGGGGGCCUGCAUCCAGAUGAGAUGGUUCUCAUCCAAGGCUCUGUUCCAGCUGAUGCAGACAGGUUUCAGGUGGACUUCAUGUGCGGCAACAGUAUUAAGCCCAGAGCAGACAUUGCGUUCCACUUUAACCCACGCUUUAAGAAGAACCACAUUGUGUGCAACACCCUGCAACUCGAGUACUGGGGUAAAGAAGAGAUCCACUAUCUGAUGCCUUUCAUGAAGGGGGCAGAUUUCGAGAUUAUCGUGCUGGUAGAGAAAGAUUUGUACAAGGUGGCAGUGAAUGGUGCUCAUGUGCUGGAGUACAAGCACAGAAUAGAUCUGGCCAGGGUGGACACACUAUCUGUAUCCGGGAAGGUUCAGAUCCAGGCCAUCGGAUUCAUUCCAAGCACAAAUCCUUCCAGUUCUCCAUUAGCUGUGAAGGGCAUCAGCACACAGGCACCAGCUAUGCUGGAUGACUCGUGUGAUAUGAGUCUUCCUUUUAGGAGGAAGCUAAUAAAGGGCUUGAGUCCAGGACACACCAUCACAGUCAAGGGUCAGAUCAUUGCCUAUGCUCACAGCUUCGCUGUAAACCUGCGCGUCGGGAACUCGGAGGACAUCGCGCUGCACUUAAACCCGCGGCUCAAAUCUGGUUUGUUUGUUCGUAACUCUUACCUGUCACAGUGCUGGGGUCCAGAGGAGAACACCCUGCCCAACUUUCCCUUCGCUUCAGGAGAAUACUUUGAGAUGAUAAUCCUGUGUGAGGCACAGCAGUUUAAGGUGGCCGUGAAUGGUGUUCAUCAGCUGACCUACAAGCACCGCGUGCAGGACCUGAGUGGUGUGGACGAACUGGAGAUCACCGGGGACCUGCAGCUGCUGGAUGUUAAGAUAUGGUAACCGAUACUCCAUCCGCAGCUUUGAAUAAAGACGUCUAGACUCGGCUCAACCCAAAUCUGCUGAUAUAGUGUGUGCACAAAACCAACUAGUCUGUCUUUUACUCUUCUCAUGUGCUACUACUAAUAUAAAGCACGAGGUCACAGCUUUGGCUGUAAAAUUGAUACCACUGCUGUUUAAUAUGUAACCACUUUAGCAUCUACUAAGCUUUAACAAAUAACAGUCAUGACAUAGGGAUGAGUUACUAUUUUUUGGGAUUGUGUAUUGAAUUUCGGUAAUGUGGGACCAAAAGGAACUGUAAAGAACAUCGCUGUAAGGAACAAUUUAACCAAAUGUACAUAAUUUUUCCCUUUACGUCAAAAAAGUACUUAGUCAGCCAAGACAUGUCUGAAGUUGGCUUUUUGGUAUUGAACUGGAGAUACAAGAUCAAUGUAUCAUGGAAACUGCCUGCUUAGUUGUUUGGUAUCUUUUAAAAAUUUGCCUAUGUGGUUUCUGAUACACUGUUAUUGAUAGAAAUGGACAAAAGGGCAUCACAGCAGCCAUUUUGAAUUCCUCAGCAUGUAGUUUGUUGUCAUUAAUCAGACUAAUCAGAAUGUUAGAAGGCAGACUUGUACGUUUCAGAUGAUUAUACAUUUCCAAUUUGAUUUGUAUAUUUAAAUAAUGUAAUUAAUUAAUUAGUGCAGUAUGUAUGUAGUACACAAUAUGAUGUGAGCGUGUGAAUAUUUAGACAUGCACUAAACUGGUGGCUAUAAGCUUCCCUUAUUUAUCAACCUCAUAGCUCUAGGGAGGAUUAUGUACAUUUUGUUUGUUCUUUGAAGAUGUGGGUGCAGGGAUAGAUAGGUAGCUGAAUUUGGGGUUUAAUCAGCUCCUCUCAUUAAGAAAAGAUAUUUUGAUAUAAUUUUGCUAGAAGAGAAAGAUGUGCGAUACACAAGGUGAUCACAUGACCUUGAUAUAUCAAUUGAUGUAUGAAAUACAGGUAUGAUAUGUUGUUUAAAACAUUGCCUGAGGACAUGAUAUGGAAUAUGGAAUAUCAUGCUGGAAAAUCUAGACCAGAGUAAAAAAAAAAACCUAUUACAUGCAAUCUAAUAAAGCUAAACAGAUCAAAGAAGCAUUAAAGAAUCACCCCGAGGCUGCCUCGGGCUCCGACGGCCAGGCGUGUAGUUUACACACAUUAUGGGUAUGUUCCAGUAUUACUCCAAAUGGUAGGUUUUGUAUUUCAUUCAUUUCAAUCAAGAAUCUUCAGGCAAGAUGGGAUGUAAUGCUAUCCUACUUAUUGCAGUAAUGACGAAACAAGUUUACUAGUUAGGAGUUAGGAGUAAGUGAAGAAAAUGUUCAAGAGAAAGGAAAAUGUCACAUAUUUGAGGCUAAAUCCUUAACAAAUUAAUUAGCAGAUGUCUAGUUUAAUAUCCACCCAGAUGGUCAGACAGAUGUGCUUUAAGUGUGUCAGGAAGCCCUUGAUAUCCAAGGGCAAAUUUCAGUUCUAUGCAAGUCAUCAGCAGACUGUAGCCUACGCAGAUUUCCAUUAAAACAACUCAUUAAAUCUCAAAUCAGAAAGUGCUGAAACGUGCUGGAUUUAGCACUAGUUUACUAACGGCACAAUUUUAGACAAAGUGUCCUUGAAGUACCAGAGAAAAGAAAGAAUUCCUAAUGAUUUAGCCUUUAAAUUUUGAAACAUUGUACUGUGAUAUGUUUUCUCUCUAAUUUCAGGUUAAUAAUCAAUAAUGCAUGUUAAGAGACUUAAUGAUAUAGUUGAUGAACUGUUACCUUUUUUCUAUUUAUAAUUUGUACUGUGCUGACCAAUAUAUCUAUACAAGUUACACACGUAUAGUAUUUCUGUCUUUCUUUCUAAAAACAGUAAUAAAAAUUUAUGAAUAAAGUAAAUGUCAGGAAACGAUUUUCUCCUUGCUCAGUG